AGCCAUCCACUACGAUACAAUUCUUUUUCAGUUGGCAGGCCUUUCGCUUUUAGUUUUGCUUCCUUCGCUCUCAGGCAUUUAAUUUUCAGCUCUUUCUGCCAGCCAGCCGAGCCAACCAGACGCUCACGCUUCCCGUUUUCUCUCAAACACUUUCUCGCCUUUUCGAUUUAGUCUUCAGCAAACCCAAACACUUCUCAUCUUACUUUCUAGUUCUUGCUAUUAAUCUGUUGUUCAAAUUCAAAUGCUUAUUAGCUGACCUGAGAGCCAAUAAAGUUGGAAUCGGAAAAACGAUGGAGAACGGAAUCAUAGGUGAUGGAACUCUCAAGGAUGGAAUUGUAAAGAACGGUGUAUGCUCCUCGGAGUCGGUCAAUGGAAGCUGUGAUGUUUGGAGUUGUAAGGACUCCGAUUCUUCUUCAGCUGAUCAUCUCGUUGUCAUGGUCCACGGUAUCCUUGGAAGUGCAUCGGAUUGGAAGUUUGCAGCUGAGCAGUUUGUUAGAAUGCUUCCUGAUAAAGUGAUUGUUCAUUGUAGUGAACGAAAUGUAUCUAGGCGGACUCUUGAUGGUGUGGAUGUGAUGGGUGAGCGGUUGGCUCGGGAGGUCCUUGAAGUGAUUCAGAGAAAGCCACAUUUACGAAAGAUUUCCUUUGUUGCGCAUUCCGUGGGAGGACUGGUGGCAAGAUAUGCAAUUGGGAUAUUAUAUAGACCACCCCAGAAAGAAAAUGUGGAGGAUUCAGCAGCUGAUACAAGUGAAGAGGAUGCAAAGGCUACGAUAGGUGGCUUGGAGCCUAUCAACUUCAUCACUGUUGCUACGCCUCACCUAGGUUCAAGAGGGAAUAAGCAGGUACCUUUUCUUUUUGGCGUAACUGCCUUUGAGAAAGCUGCGGGUCUGGUUAUUCAUUGGAUAUUUAAGAGAACAGGUCGACACCUUUUUCUCACUGAUGAUGAUGAGGGGAAACCUCCAUUGCUUAAACGCAUGAUAGAAGAUUAUUGUGAUUGCUUUUUCAUGUGUGCAUUGCGUGCAUUUAAACGUCGUGUUGUGUAUUCAAAUGUGGGCUAUGACCAUAUUGUGGGCUGGAGAACAUCAUCCAUCAGGCGUAACAAUGAAUUACCAAAGUGGGAGGAUUAUGUGAAUGAAAAAUAUCCACAUAUCGUAUAUCAAGAACGCUGCAAAGCCUAUGAUGCCGAACAAUGCGAUCUUAUAUCAACAGAAGAUAAUAGCUCUGACAAGCUAGAAGAGGAACUAGUGACAGGUCUAUCCCGUGUGUCCUGGGAAAAAGUAGAUGUUAGCUUCCACACCUGCAGACAGAGGUUUGCUGCUCAUAGCGUGAUUCAGGUCAAAGAUCAUAUCAUGCAUAUAGAAGGUGCAGAUGUUAUACAGCAUAUGAUUGAUCAUUUUCUUCUUUAGAAUUCAAUGACUGGUAGAUUUAACACAUUUAUUGCUGGAUGCAAGAUCUUAUAUCAUGGUACAAUAAUAUUCUUCUGAAAAUCCUUUCCAUUCUUUCUGGCUACAAAUAAGCUGUACCUAAAAUUCUGUUGGCAGCAGAUUGAAGUUUGUCUGCUUUAUCGGUGAUGGCAAACACAACAAGAACAGUGACUAAACAGCAUUCAAGGGAAAUUUUGUUUAUUCAUUACUACUUGUAAUUCCGUAUAUACAACAAUAUCAAUAAACUCGAUAAUUCCUGUUA